GCAUUUCGCCAUUCCAGCCGGAGACGAGCAUCUUCGACCUUGCAACAAACGAGAAAAACAAAUCGAAUUCACGAUUCUGCCGCCGUUACCACCACCCUCUCCUCUAGAAUACCUCACCUAGAAGCUUCUCGAACUCGACCCAACCCACUCCCCUCCCACCAUGGCCGCCGGCGACUCGAGCCGGGUCAAAGAAGCCCAAGACCUCGUCAAGACGGACCCGAGAAAGGCAGAGGCUGCUUUCAAAGAAAUCAUAUCCAAGGCCCCCGCGGCAACCUCAGAUGCUGCCACGCGCGAGUACGAAGCUGCUUUGAUAAGCUUGGGAGAACUCUACCGGGAUGAGAAGAAGACUCAGGAACUCGUCACCUUGGUGCAGGAAAGCCGGACGGUGUUUUCAUCCUUUGCCAAGGCCAAGUCCUCGAAGCUGGUCCGCCAGCUCCUGGACCUGUUCAAAGAUAUCCCCAACAGCGUCGACGUCGAAGUUGCCGUCACAAAAGAUUGCAUAGAAUGGGCCACCUCCGAGCGCCGUGCCUUCCAGCGCCAGGACCUCCAAGUCCGCCUGGUCACCCUCUAUAUGUCCAAGCAGACCUACUACGACGCCCUCACCCUCAUCAACGGCCUUCUCCGUGAGCUCAAGCGCCUCGACGACAAGCUCCGCCUCGUCGAAGUCCAGCUCCUCGAAUCCCGAGUCUACCAUGCCCUGGGCAACAUUCCCAAGGCCCGCGCGGCUUUGACGAGCGCGAGGACAAGCGCUGCCAGUGUUUACACCCCUCCACUGCUGCAGGCCAACCUUGACAUGCAGAGCGGAAUGCUUCACGCUGAAGAUAAGGACUUCAACACGGCGUUCUCGUACUUCAUCGAGGCGUUGGACGGAUAUCACACUCAGGAAGAGGCCCCCAAAGCCCAGGCUGCAUUGCAGUACAUGCUCCUCUGCAAGAUCAUGUUGAACCUGGUCGACGAUGUCAACCAGCUCAUGGCAUCCAAGCAGGCCGUCAAAUACGCCGGAAAGAACCUCGAGGCCAUGAAGGCCAUUGCCCGAGCCCACGCAAACCGAUCCUUGGAAGAGUACGAACGAGCACUGUCUGCCUACCGAUACGAGCUUGGCAGCGACACCUUCAUCCGCAACCACCUUCGCCGCCUGUACGAUGCCCUGUUGGAGCAGAACCUCAUCAAGGUUAUUGAGCCCUUCUCACGAGUCGAGAUUGAUCACAUUGCCAAGAUGGUGGGUCUCGACACCCAGCAGGUGGAGAGGAAGCUGUCACAGAUGAUUCUCGACAAGGUCAUCAUUGGCGUGUUGGAUCAGGGUGCUGGUUGCCUUAUUAUUUACGACGAGACACAGCGGGACGAGUCGUAUGACUCUGCUCUGGCGACAAUUGAGAAGCUGAGCAACGUGGUGGAUGUGCUGUACACGAACCAGGCCUCCAUGCUUGAGUAGAGGAAAAAUACAACGGGCAUUGAGAUGAGGAUGAUGGUUAGAGAACGGAUCUUGUAUUGUAAUGUGUUAGUCACGGUAGAUGAGGCGCUUGUUCAUCCAAAAGACUUGCCGUCCCUACUG